AUGCCCAUGAACAAAUUAAAUGUAUUAUUUAGGGUGUCUUAUAUUUAUUCUUUACAAAUAGUAUCAGUAGUUCCACAAAUGCAUAAAAUGUUUGAAAUUUAUCUGCGCAAUGCUUUCCCAUUAAGAUAUGACUUUUAUCUGAAAAAUUAUUAUUCAUCAAAUGAUAAGAUUCCAAUUAUAACUGAAAUCAAAUCACCACAAUCUAAUAUUCAAGGAUUUAUUUAUAUUCAUUCUAAUCAAGCAACCAAUACUUACAUUAAAAACUUGUAUUGUUUUUCAAAUGACUUUAUAGGAACCAAUCAGAUAUUUUACAACUGUAAUUUUAAUACAGCCUUAAAUCAAAACAAUUUUCUUAACAUACAUAUUCCCACAAUGUUGUUUAAUAUUGAGCUAGAAUCUCGGGUUGGUAUUAAAGUCAAAAAGAUCUCCAAAAAUAUUAGCGAUAUAAAUUUGAAAAUGCAAAAUAAUUUUACAGAAUUUAUACUGUCCAGCAAGCUUAAAAUAAUUUCAUUGUCUCGCCAACUUCUUCAUGAUUUAACAAAUAGGCCCGAAUCAAGAAUUAAGCAUUCUUUAGAAAAUAAUGAUUACAUUUUAGCAUUUUUUGAUAGAGACUAUGAUAAGAUUAUUAGUUUUUUAAAAGAUUUUAUUUUAUUACUACAACAAAAAGAUAAUAAACUUCUACAAAAUAAAAUACCUAUAUUUCUUACAAAUUUUGUAAAAAAUAAUUUAAAUAUUUUUUGGAAGAACGAGCUUACGCUUUCUGAUAUGAAUUUUAAAACUUUUAAAGAUAUUCAUUUACUAAAUUGCUUUUUUGGAGAUCUAACCAAUUUAUUUUUUAUAACUAAGGAUCCAAAUUACAAAUUUGAACUUCAUGAUUACGAUCAAAAUAUCGAUUCUCUUCAUGGCUAUUCUUACGUUACUGUUUUAUUUAACUUUCAAGAAGAUAUCGAUGUAAAAAAUUUGAAAUGCUUGGUUUACGACAAGAAGAAUAACGAGUUGGAUUUUAAACUAAUGAUUGAUUCAACGAAAAGGAAAAUUUUUUUUAUGUUUGACAUAAAUUAUCUGAAAGAAUUUUAUAAUACACAAAUAAAUUGCAUAGUUCAGACCCCAAAAAAGCAUUAUCAAUCGUGUGAUAUUUAUUUAAAUGAUCAUUUAUGA